GGAGGUAUCCACAGGAGACUGAUCCUCGUUUUCAUUGGUCGGUUGAAAGUAUCGUCGAAACGCCAUUUUCCAGGGAAUUCUCCGCUUCAAGGAGCAGGGAAAAUAAAGCCGCCGCCGUAGGCAAUGCCUCCCUAGGGUAUGCUGUACCUAGAGCUGCGCAUGCUGUCGCCCACGUGCGCCGCUGUCGCUCUUGCCUUGCGCACUGAGAUGAUCACCUGUGGAAACGCUACGCCUGGGACCGCUUUGUCUACUUCGCGCGUCGUGAUGCAUUCUUGCAAAUUUUGCGACAAGACUUUUUCUAAUCGUAGUAAUUUAAAAAAGCACAUAAGAAAUCUUCACGGAGUAGCAGCUUUGCAGAAUUUCGUACAGGAGGAGGCAAAUAUACCCAGUAAGAAACGAACCCUCGCAUGCGAUUUGUGUCCCAAGAUUUUUGCAACGCUUCGUGCCUUGCGGCAACACCACGAGAGUGAGCAUAACUUCGAAGUGGAAGUGGAGACAUUGACGUUUGACACGUAUGCAGAUUUCCUGUCUUGGAAAGAUAAUGUGGAGAGCGAGACUUGCAGCCAUUUUGUUGCUUCUACUGGAAGAAAAGAAAAUUCGCCAGGAGUGUUCAGGCGAUAUCUAAAUUGUCACCGUUCCGGGACAUAUAUAGAACUCCCUACAAAGCUGCGCGAACGUCAGGUUAAAGUGCAAGGCAGCACCAAAACAGGCAUACAUUGCUUUGCAAUGCUUGAGGUUACAGAAAGGGAUAACAAAGUCUUUGUAGUAUUUCAGAAGAACCACUAUGGACACCUGAAUGAGAUAGCUCAUCAGAGGCUCUCUGUGGCUGAAAAAAAAGUAAUUGCAGGUAGACUAGCAGAAGGAGUGCCACCGAAGACCAUUUUGCAAAAAAUCAAGGCAGGCACAAGUGCAGCUAGCAGUCGGAUGAAAACUUGUCACAAGAGAGGACCUUCGGAACAUCCGCGAUAA